CACAAUCCAACUCAAGCUGACAUAAUGAGUUCCACCAUCGAAUGUUAAUACGCUGCACGCAGCUUUUUAUACCCUGUUUUAUUAUAUUUUGACGCUAUUGUUUGCUGUGUUUCCAUUUGUUAGAUUUUAAAUCCCCCAAAUCAUCUGUAAGCUGUUGAGUUUGGCCAGUCUGACCCCCCGCCUCUGCUGCGUCUCAGUUCUCUCUCCUAGGUUCAGCAACACAUUGACAUGGCCUCUCCCCAUUGUCCUCUGUGGCCAUCAUGCUGCCAUGCAUUCAUGUUGUCUUAUAGGGUUCCAGAACGGGCUGACAGGUGGGUUAGGUGAGGGUUCUGGUUCAGGACUCAGGAUGCUCAAGGACAAAGUGGACAAGAAAUCGUCCUCUAAAGCAGUUCCUAAUUUCAGAUGUGUUUGAUUACAAGCGCAGAGGGUUAGGUCUGCGAAGCUGUAGCGUGAGUAAAAUGGGUUUUCUUGUUGUGUCGUCCAGAUCCGUUGGAAAUACAUGAUUGUGGAUGAAGGCCACCGGAUGAAGAACCACCACUGCAAGCUGACCCAGGUCCUAAACACCCACUACCUCGCUCCAAGGCGAGUGUUGCUGACCGGGACGCCACUGCAGAACAAGCUGCCUGAGCUGUGGGCACUCCUCAACUUCCUGCUGCCCACCAUUUUCAAAAGCUGCAGCACAUUUGAGCAGUGGUUCAAUGCUCCAUUUGCAAUGACAGGAGAGAAGGUGGAUCUCAAUGAAGAGGAGACCAUCUUGAUCAUCCGUCGCCUGCAUAAAGUUCUACGUCCUUUCCUGUUACGAAGAUUAAAGAAGGAAGUGGAGGCUCAGCUUCCUGAGAAGGUGGAAUAUGUCAUCAAGUGUGACAUGUCGGCUCUCCAGAGGGUCCUGUACCGGCACAUGCAGGCCAAAGGAGUCCUGCUCACUGAUGGAUCAGAAAAGGAUAAGAAGGGAAAAGGAGGCACAAAGACUCUGAUGAACACAAUCAUGCAGCUGAGAAAGAUUUGUAACCAUCCAUAUAUGUUCCAGCAGAUUGAGGAAUCUUUCUCAGAACAUUUAGGAUUCUCUGGUGGGAUAGUCCAGGGUCCUGACCUUUAUCGAGCUUCAGGAAAGUUUGAGGUGCUGGAUCGGAUCCUACCGAAGCUGAGGGCCACAAACCAUAAAGUGCUGCUCUUCUGUCAGAUGACCUCCCUCAUGACCAUCAUGGAGGACUACUUUGCCUACCGCAGCUUCAAAUACCUGCGUCUGGAUGGCACCACAAAGGCUGAAGAUAGAGGAAUGCUUCUGAAGACGUUCAAUGACCCAGAGUCGGAGUAUUUUAUUUUCCUCUUGAGCACAAGAGCUGGAGGCCUCGGCCUCAACCUGCAGUCUGCAGACACCGUUAUUAUAUUUGACUCUGACUGGAACCCUCAUCAGGACUUGCAGGCUCAGGACAGAGCCCACCGUAUCGGCCAGCAGAACGAGGUACGAGUGCUGCGCCUCUGCACCGUCAACAGCGUGGAGGAGAAAAUCCUGGCUGCGGCCAAGUACAAAUUGAAUGUGGACCAGAAGGUCAUCCAGGCAGGCAUGUUCGAUCAGAAGUCUUCCAGCCAUGAGCGCCGGGCCUUCCUGCAGGCCAUCCUGGAGCACGAGGAGCAAGACGAGGUCUGGGGUCAAGAGCUCGUGAAUGAGGAGGACGAGGUGCCAGACGAUGAAACUGUCAACCAAAUGAUUGCCAGGAGUGAAGAGGAGUUUGAGCAGUUUAUGCGUAUGGACCUGGACAGGCGCCGUGAGGAGGCUCGCAAUCCUCGGCGGAAACCUCGUUUGAUGGAGGAGGACGAGCUGCCCACCUGGAUCAUGAAGGAUGAUGCUGAAGUUGAGCGUCUGACCUGUGAGGAAGAGGAGGAAAAAAUGUUUGGGCGAGGUUCCCGACAGCGUAAGGAAGUAGACUACAGCGAUUCACUGACAGAGAAACAGUGGCUAAAGGCAAUUGAGGAGGGGACACUCGAGGAAAUGGAGGAAGAGGUGCGUCACAAAAAGACAACCCGGAAGAGGAAGAGGGAUCGUGAUCUGGAUCUUCCAGGUCCGUCUUCUUCCUCUGGCAGCCGCGGACGGGGGGACAGGGAUGAUGAUGGGAAGAGGCAGAGGAAGAGGGGAAGACCGCCUGCUGAGAAACUCUCCCCCAAUCCUCCCGGUCUGACAAAGAAGAUGAGGAAAAUCGUGGAUGCUGUCAUCAAAUACAAAGACAGCACCAGCGGGCGUCAGCUGAGUGAGGUCUUCAUUCAGCUGCCGUCGCGAAAGGAACUGCCUGAGUACUAUGAGCUAAUCCGCAAGCCAGUGGACUUCAGGAAGAUCAAGGAGAGGAUUCGAAGUCAUCGCUACCGCAGUCUGGGUGACCUGGAGAGAGAUGUCAUGCUGCUUUUCCAGAACGCUCAGACCUUCAACCUAGAGGGUUCCCUGAUAUAUGAAGACUCCAUUGUGCUGCAGUCCGUGUUCACCAGUUUGAGGCAGAAGAUUGAGAAGGAGGAGGAGAGCGAAGGAGAGGACAGUGAGGAAGAGGAGGAAGAGCAGGAGGAUGGAUCAGAGUCAGAAUCUCGCUCAGUCAAAGUGAAAAUCCGCCUGAGUCGGAAGGAUAAAGGAGGAGAUCGAGGGAAAGGACGCAGCAGGCGGACAGGACGCACCAGGGCCAAACCGGUCGUCAGCGACGACGACUCUGAGGAGGAGCAGGAGGAGGAGCGCUCGGCCAGCGGCACCGAUGAAGAGGUGUGAACUGUUUACAGGAGUUAAAGAGAAGGAGGCACAAAAAGGGAGAUUCCAACAAGUCAAAUAGCGCAUAUAAUCAUCGAAACAAACAAGCCACACUCAGCUCCAUCCAACCUCAGUCAAACAACACGGACCUAAAAUAGGAAGGAGACAGAAAAGGUUCAAGGUUCAUAUAUGAGCUGUAUUGUAUACAUCCCCAUUUACUGGCUGGCCUGGUAAAGAUGUGUAAACAGGCUGAAAGUAAAUCUGUUGCAGCAGAAUCUGUCACAAAUAUCCAAUUAUUUAAUUUUAAAGCAUUAAUUACAUUUUUUUAAAUCCACCUUAAAGAAGAAUACUGAACAAUUAUUUAUUCUCUUUAAGUGGCACAGUUAUUGACACCUCUGAUAAAUCCUGAAUAAUAAUAAAUAAGAUAUUUCCUCGUCUUCCUGCUUUAAGGCAGAGGUCUGCAACCUGCAGCUCCAAAGCUUCGAGUGGCUCUUACGAAGAUCUAGAAUGGCUCUAAAUAAGAACCUUCAAAUAUAUAAAGAAUUAAUGCAGCAUAAUACAACACCAGUCUUAAGAUAUAUAUAUAAUUUCUUUUUUUAAUAUUUGAUUGCAUUUUCACAACAGAAUGAUAUUAAAAUAAGUAAAAUAUAUGUUUUAAGAUCUACUUUUCUCAUUGUUAGCUUGGAUUUGUUUGUUUUUUUACAUAAAAAAUAUCCUAUAUAAGAAAAUCCAUGCUUCAUCUUCAUGAAU